UUUGCUAAAAAAAAAGGAAAUUCUAACGUUGCUGGAGUUCAUGGAAAAAUCCUCUUAGCUUUGUCAAAAGCAAUGAAUUUUACAAUAUCGAAAAUUCGUUGGGAGAAAGCAUAUGGAGUUUGGGAUGAAAAAACAUCAAAAUGGACCGGGGUAAUUGGGACAGUUCAUCGACAAGAAGCAGAUCUGGGCGUAGCUCCGGUUAUUAUGACCAGUGAACUAUACGAUUUCGUUCGUUUUACAACUCCCAUAUUCCACGGAGUUUAUCAACUGCAUUUCAGAAAGCUUGAUGUGGCCCAUUUACCCCAGGAUGCUUACUUUAAGGUAUUUACUCGCGACGUCUGGAUGUCCAUCACUGGUUUAAUUUUGACAGCGACAGUUCUGUCAACUAUUAUCGAAUGGAAUGCAAGAAAGUCUCACUUUUUCUCGCUUCUUCUGAAACAUUAUACAUAUGUUUGGGGCAUUUACUGUCAACAGGGCUUUCUAGGUACCUACAGUAAAAUAACUUUGAGAAUUGUUUACGUAUCAGUGAUGAUAUCAGCGAUAGUCGUCUCGGCGGUGUAUUCCGCGUCAUUCAUGAGCACCAUUGCAGUGUCUUUAUCAACGUCACCAUUUCAUUCGAUGAAAGAGCUCGUGGAGGAUGGAAGUUACAAAAUAAUUGCUCAGAAAAAUUCGUUAUAUUAUUAUGCAUUGAAGGGGACUAACACAACAUUAAUAACAAAGAUGAUAAAUCUCAUGAAACCGCAAGAUGUAUUUCCUUUGACUUACACAGAAGGAUUUCGGCAGGUAUGCCAUGAAAAAGUAGCUUUUUACACACACGAACUCGCCCGGAAAACAGGAGUUGUCAAGUGCGAAGUAGCUUCGGUUACUGCUGGAAAAAUGGAAUCGUUGACAAUGAUCGUACCCCGUAACAGCGAAUAUCUGAAUUCCUUUAAUUUCUUUAUCGAGCAGUUGACUUCUAAGGGAAUAGUCCGACAUUGGAUGGAUAAAAGCUAUCCAAACACUCAACCAGAAGCAGCCGAUUAUGAACCAGUUAAUUUCGAGAGAAUCAUUCCAAUUGUUAUAAUCUUAAUUACUGGCGUUCUGCUAGCCUUGCUCAUUUUCAUCUUGGAAUGUAGUUCCUAUUCGCUUACGAAGGGCUCACAUAUGAAGAGGAAACGAGAAAUAGAAAAAUGAUGGUUCAGCUGAGCACAAUCUCUAGGGCUUUUAUUGCUUGAAUAUCGUUUAUCGAGAUAAGUUUCUUUGGAUUAUGGUCCAGUUUUUGAUGAAUAACUCAUAAUCUCGAGGAGAUAGCGUUAUUUUUAUUACGACCUUUUUUGUGCAGCAAAUUAAGUGCUAAAACAAAUGUCAUUACAAAAAUUUCCCUAUCUCUCUUAUGUCCGGAGAUAUGACUCAAAAACUAACAGAGAGAUAAAUGAACUUAUCUCGUUUUACCACGUGGCUAACGAUAUAAUUGCACGAGUGGCCAAAUUGCAACAGCAUUGACGUCAAUACCUCGGACCAAUCAUUAUUAUUACUAUUUUUCUUUUGAUAAAUCAGAUAUAUCCGAUUUUAUUGUUUACUCAGUAGAAUAUGUGCAAACAUUGGUACCUGGUGGAAAUGAUUUCAAUAAAAUAAACUUUGCUCAAAGUUUGUGAAAGCUCUCUCAAUAUAUAAAGCUCCUCUAUUCCAUUCCUCAGCACUCACACCGGAGACAAUUUACUGACUGACAAAUUGAAUAAUAAAAAAUUAUUUCCAUCAUGAAGUUCCUGUAUUUGUUCACGAUAAUCGCGACGGUGAUGUUGGCUGCUAAUGGACAACGCUGCAGAGAUAGACGACAACGGUGCGGCCACGAUAAUGAUUGUUGUAACUGGUCAUGUAUUCCCGGUCGUCAAAUUUGUGCUUAAUAACAGAGUGUAAUUGGGUCACUUACCAGCGAAGAUGACAUUCCGGAAAAUCUGUAUGAUUUCUGAAAAAAUUAAAGUCAUAUCGAAAAUUUCAAGAAUUUAAACAAUUAUGAUGAUAAACCUCCCUUUCAUGUAUAAAAAAAGUCUCACAUGUAAUAAAAAUACUCUAUCGCAAUAUUCAUGGUAAA